ACGGGCAGAGGCUGGGCUCCUGCCUCCAUCUCCUGCUCUGCCCAGGUACCCCGUGGCCUGAAGCCCAGUCCCGGGAUGUGGGAGCCCCAGGGAAGGGGUCAAGUCCCCAGCAAAGUCCUUGAGCCACCAUGACCCACCGCUGCAGGAGAUCCUCCAGCCUCUGGAAGAUCGUGGUGUGGGAUGAAGCUUUCUUCCAGGGCAAGAAGCACGAGUUCACCACCGACUGCUACAGCACCCCGGAGCACGGCUUCAGCACCGUCCGCUCCUGCAAGAUCGAGAGCGGGGCGUGGGCAGGCUUCGAGCACUGUGGCUUCCAGGGGCAGCAGUUUGUGCUGGAGCGUGGCGAGUACCCGUGCUGGGAGGCGUGGAGCGGCAGCAACGCCUACCACGUGGAGAGGAUGUGCUCCUUCCGCCCCAUCGCCUGCGCCGACCACGGGCGCAGCAGGUUGAUGCUCUUCGAGCAGGAGAACUUCCAGGGCAAACGGGUGGAACUGAGCGACGACUGCCCCUCACUGCCUGCCCUGGGCUGGGGCAGCAACGCUGUGGGCUCCUUCCUGGUCCACUCUGGCGCGUGGGUCUGCUCCCAGUACCCGGGGUACCGGGGCUUCCAGUACCUCCUGGAGAGCGACAGCCACGCGGGCGAGUACAAGCACGUGCGGGAGUGGGGCUCCCAUGCCCAGACGGGCCAGGUCCAGUCCAUCCGCAGGGUCCAGCAGUGACCACCAGCACCGGAGCCACCCUGCCACCAGCUGUGUGCCCUGGCAACCAUCUCUCCUGUGGGACAAAGCUCAAUAAAUGCUCAGUUGUCCAAGGUGGCACGCUGGCAGUUGGGGAGGGGGUGCCCCGGGGGUGCGUGGCCGGGAGCGAUGCCACGCUUGAGGGUAAAGAUGGGGCUCUGCAGGAGCAAGGAUGGUGUGGAGGGGAAUGCCCACCCUUUUCUGCCCCUGCAGCCAGCGCAGGCGUCCACAUGUCCCUGUCACAGGCAGGUGAAGCCCCUGCCCUGCUCAUAUAUGGAGCUGUAAAGUAGUGCGAUGCCCUGCCCUUGCCCCCCUGCCAGCCCCCUGAGGAGCUGUGGGGCCAGGGCACAGCAGUCAGACCCAGUGCCCAGAGAUGGGCACUGCACAUCCCAUGUCUGUCCUGUCCUGUUGGCUCAGGGUCUCUGCAGGACCCCCGCAUCCCCACAGGAUGCCACAUACCCUCAGACCCCCUCUGUUCUGCUGGUACCUGCUGGGGGCUGAGCUGCAGCUCCAGCAAGGCUGAGGAGG